AUGUCAUCAACUGAAAAUACAACACCAGUAGAAACCAAAGUUGAAGAACCAAAGGUUGAAGAACCAAAAGUUGAAGAACCAAAAGUUGAAGAACCAAAAGUUGAAGAACCAAAAGUUGAAGAACCAAAAGCUGAAGAGCCAAAAGCUGAAGAACCAAAAAUGGAAACACCAGAAAUUAAAAUUGAUCAUGUUAAAGAUGAAGAAUCACCAAUUGAAAGUGAUUUUGUAGAAGUUGUUGCAGUUGAAGAACAAGAUAAACCAUCAUCUUCCAAAGAAGCUGUCGAAGCUGCAUCAUCUAAAAAGGAAACAAUGAAAGAGAAACUUAAUAAAUUUGAAAAUAAAAUUGAAAGAUUCUUUGAUAAAAUAGCAAAGAAAAUGGAUGAUAAACAAAAGAAACGUCAAGCUAAAAAAUCUGCAAAACAAACUUCUUCUCCUGAACCUGCUGCUGCUGCACCAGCUGAAUCAUCUGAAAACCAUUCUACCCCAGCAACAGAAGCACCACCAACUACCACAACCACUACCACAACUACUGCUCAAAAUUAA